UAUGGAAACCCGGAAGUAGUGGGACUUUCCCAGAAACGGGUGUCCAGAAAAAUGUUCUCACGUCUUUGACGAGUGUACUUUGGCAGUCCUGCGCUGUGACGCCUCCUUCUGCGUGCGUUAACCCGCUUAGUGUGCUGUCAGGGACUCACUAGGGCACACUGCAGCAUUGUGAAGCACCUGUUUCCCCGUAUCAUCUGAUGGCAGCGCUGGCACAUGCCCACCUGAAACACCCUCAGAGACACCAGGAGAAUGUUGUCCACGUACGCAGCAUGAGCAGUAACAGUGGUGAUGAUCGCCUUCCCUCGUACCUACCUGAAGACGAACUGAACGCUUGUCUGAGAACCGUUCCCUCCAGCAGCCAGGAUCAUUUCCUCCAUCCGGUCAGUCCCGAACGUUUCACUUCAUCUGAGGAGUAUGGAGACCUGUACAGGAGCAGUAGCAACAGCAGUAACCGAAGAGUGCCCCAGCCUGGAUCCCUGACUACACAAUAUCCCAGUUACCUCCCUGAGUCAGAUGAAGACACUGAGGACCACAGGCAGUUGUACAGCUCUGGUAGAGCACAGGAGGUCAACUACGAAAACGCCAAACUCCACGCUAGAAGUGGACGACAUCCCUCGGUUAAAACCGACACCAGAAAACCAUUAAAUGGAGUGAAGAAAUCUGUCAUGCAGCAAGUAAGUCAAGGGGAAAAUAACAGGAAUAAAAAGAUUUCUACACAAGAUAACCACAGGAAAGAAUCAAGUCAUUUGUCCUCUGGCCUAGACAGCCUAUCUUCAUAUCUUUCUAACAGUUUUGAGGGUGAAGAAAUCGGUGUGACACUCCAAAAAAGUACAACAGGUUCUAGUCACAAAGAUGCCUCUCCAGGCCUGGGGGGUGUAAGUAUCCAUGAAUCUGUUGGUAGGCCGAGCCUUUCCCAGCGGACACAGUCAGGUGAUUCAGUUGACUCAUGUCAGUCAGCCAAGACCGCCUUCGCACAAGAACUAGGAGAGACAUCAAGGGAGAAAAGCACGACUAGAGCAAACUCUAAAAACUUUCACAUGGAUCAGCUGGAUUCAUCUGCUCACAGUGGACAUGCUGUUGUAGAAGAACUGGCCGAGAGCAUGAAGAAGACUUUAAGAAGCUCUAGAUCUCCUGGUACUUCAAACAGUUCUCCACAGCAGCAAGUUCAAAUGCCACGACAGCAAACCCCCAUGCAGACCCACACAAACACUCCCCCCAUGCAGAUCCCUGUGACGUCCUUGCAGGCAGAUGACAUUAGUAGUGGAACAAGUGCAGGAACUUCUGGAAGCCAGGGGCAAAGUUUGGGCCCUCAAAGUGGCUGGUCUUUCCAUCUACCAAGAAAUGGCAUGCGCAUGGAGGUCCCCAAAUCAAGUCCGUCUUACAGUACAGGUGUUCUAAAAGAAGACGAAAAAUGUCACCAAGACAGAAGCCUGUUACUGCGCUCCUUACUGCCAAGUCAAGUCACGAGUCAUCUCAGUGAGGAAGAUCUGGUCAAGGAAGCUAAAAUAAUGGCUCUAAAAACAGCUUUGACACGACUUGUUCAGGAGAAGCCUUCGUACCUUGAUUCGGAUCCAGAAUCACUGUUGAGUCAGCUGUCAGAUUUGAUUUUUCAAAAUCAGGAAAAUGAGCUGACAGGCAGAAAUUGUGAGGAUACGGCAAGCCUGGCGGCAAUGAGUCUGCGGUCUAUGGUCAGCCAGAGUCUGGGUUCACUUCGAGAGAUGCUGUCAACUGCCAGUACUAUGACAAGUGUCAUUGGUGCAGGAAAUCGUCCAGGAGCCAUGGCCCCCUCAGCCAACCAGUCACAAGAACACAAUCCAUCCAGCCAACACUCAAUGACCAAUGAGCUGCUGUCAACCAUCUUCAUCAGCCAAUCAGAGGCAACAGCUGCCCUGACCAAUGAACAGAAUGAAUUGCUGAGUACCCUCCAAUCAGCAACUGCAAAGCUGUCAUUGGUGCAGGAAAACAUCCAAUCAGAACAAGUUACAGUUGGAGGGAUGAUAAAGAACGGACAAGAAUCACAGCAGCAUCACCACGCCAGGUUACUGGACAUUCUGGAGCUGCUGUGCCCUGAGUUCAUGAAGCAUGUGUUGGUCGGUGCAGCUUACUGCUGUGGAAGGUGUAAACAGCCAACCUGCAUGCUGGGCAGUGAGGUGUUGUCAUACCUGAUGGAGUGUGUGAAGGAGGGGACAGUACUGAGGUGUGGAGGCUGCAGUCUGGUCCUGACUUACAUACUGCGUCACCACGUUCCCAGGUGUACCGAGAGGAGGUGUCUUGUCCCUUACUGUGUCCAUCUGCAAACAGGGAUGACAUCAUCUGUGGAGAAAGCUGUUGAUAAAAUCAGCUCAGAGACAUUCUCUUCAAGUCUGCGCACUGAGAUUGUGGCUCAAACAUCAGGAAAUCAGAACUUCCAAUGGCUAUCUGAGGCAGAUGCUGCUGUUAAAACGUUAAAGCCCGUACUGCCACUGGGGACAUUUGGCACAAGUAUCCUGGCAUGUGCAAAGGACAAGUAUGUGACCGUCAAACAGAUGAAGGAGAGCUGCCUGGCUGUGUUGCGGAGGCUGGAUCAUCACCACACACACCACAUCAUACAGUUCCACUGGGUGCAAUCUGCUGAAAACUGCCAGGGGGAGCUGCAAGUGUGCGCUGCUUUUGAGCAAGGAGGCAGUCUACAGUGCCUGCUGACAGACCAUGGUGGUGGUGGUUUGCAGACAGACAGAAUGUGGCAGUAUCUGCAGCAGGUGGUACAAGCUGUGGUUUACCUGCACAGUCUGAACAUUGUGUACUUAGCUUGGACAGCUGACAACAUAGUCCUGGAUAACAGCCAUCAGAGGGCAAAGCUGUCCAACUUCUCCUAUGCAGUUUCACUGACUGAGGAUCCUGAUGAAGAGGCCUGUGUGCAGGCUGUCACCGGCCUACCUCCUCAGAUUUUGGCACCAGAGGUACACAAUGACCUGUCAGCUUGUCACCAGUCAGACCUAUGGGGCCUUGGUUGCCUGCUGUUCCAGCUGAGGGAGGGCAGACUACCUUAUCCUCACCUCAGUCAUGACCACCCAGACUCCAUCAGACAGAAGAUUGCUGAAGACGGUGAAUUACCCAUGAUUCCAGAGUUGUGGCAGGAACAGGAGAGGCGACUGUUGGAGGUUUGUUGGCAGGAGGAAGCAGCAUUAAGACCAACUGCACAGAAAUUCCAAGCCCUUCUUGCUAGAUACUAUGAAAGGAUUGAUUAAUUCAAACAAAUUACUGUAAAUAUAUAUAUGUGUAUGUAUUAAAUAUAAAUAUAUCUGAGACAGAUUUAAGUCCAGAUUUCUGUCCCAUAGGCCUGCUGGUAGACAGGCAUGGGCUGAGCUGGGUGUACAAAUGUAUUUUGCUGUACCUUAUUGUUGUCAGUUUGAAUUCUGAACUACAUGUACAUGUUGUAAGUCUUCAUGCUGUAGGACAUAUUUUCUAUGUAUGAUGGGCUAUUCUGCGCUAUUUUCUAAGUAUUUGCCUUGAGGGCUUGUUUGACAAGAAAGUACAUUGUUCUUUAUGAAUUCAAAUUUGAAUUCAUUGUCAUAAUCAUGUUAUAUUUCAACAUUUGAUUUUAUUUGUAUAUUUCACUAUUACUUGUGAUGUCCAGAACUAGAAAAGGGACAUAGAAGGUGAAGAUCAGGUACUGGACUAAUGUAUGUAAAAGUAAUUUUUCAGUCAGAAGUUAUCUGCUAUGCUUUUUAUUGGUGCCAAUUUACUCACGGAAUGUGUGUUGUGAUAUGCGGUUCAAUGACAUACAAUGUACACUGAACUACAUGUACAUGAAUUGAGUUUAACAUGUAGUGCUUGCAUGUUAUAUUGCUAGUAUCAGUUGACAGCUUAAUAAAUUAGUUGUCAAGAAAUGGCUAUACCUGGCUUACAGUAGCAUAAUUUACAGAUUCAGGCUAGGUAUAUGAUAAUUAUGAUUGUUCAGAAUUUGGUGGAAACGUUUGACCAGCAUAUCUAAUUUUUGAUCCAACAAGGGCUUUAAAGUACAUGUAAUGCAAAAACCAUGUAGCAGAGCUAACUAACUUGUAGAAAGAAAGAGUCAUGGUCUCAAGAUUCAAGUGGCUUAUCUUUAAUGCAGUUUCCUGUGAAUAAACAAAAAAAAUACAAUACUGCAAUUUUUUGUUUUAUCUAUUGUCUGAAAUGUUUUACUAAAUCUAUAUGCUAUGAGAUGUUUAUUGCAGUGUUCAGCCAGCAUCUGUCUUUCCAUCAUUUUGCUGCUCAUGAUGGACAAGAAAUUUUCAUCUUUGAUGGACACAAACAGACAUGUAAAGAUAUAGAAAGAGAUGUCAUUAAACUAUACUUAAAUUACCUGCAAAAAUUGCCCCUCAAAAUGCAGGAAACAGUAUUUCAGAGGGUCAGGAUUUCAAAAUAUUACAUGAAACAAAAUUGAGAUGACAGAAAAAAAAUCAGACUGGCUAGAAC